AUGGCUGAGACACCGCUCGAUAACAGUUCAGCUCCAGCUCCAGCUCCUGCUCCCGCUCCCGGGGUGAAAGACGGCAUAUCACCGCCGAAGCCCUACCAUGCGAAGCGCCCUCACAAAAAGUCCCGGUCCGGCUGCCAAAACUGCAAGGCGCGCAAAGUCAAAUGCGACGAGUCGAGGCCAACCUGUCGAUCAUGUAAGCUGAGACAGGCCGAUUGCGUCUACCUGUACCCUCAGAAGACGCAGCAGUCCAUUGAAGCGACUUCCUCUUCAUCGCAACAAUCGUCAUCCCCACAGCAGCUCAAGUCUGCAGCCGCCUCCGCGACUGGCAUCUCCGACAUAGCCUCGACGUCGUCCGUCUUGUUUUCGGCGCCCAUACUCGCAUAUGCGGACAAAUACAAUGGCCAGACUCCGCCCAUACCCAUCGAAUUACUCUUCCUCCCGACCGGAAUCGACAUGGCGGACAUGAAAGCCCUCUGGUUCUAUGCGACCCAGACAUGCGGCUCCUUCUCUACAUUGGGCAAUGAAGGGCACCGGUCAAUCAUGAGAAGCCUGCUCGUCCGCUACGGAUCCGAAUCGCCUUUUCUGAUGGACACCAUCUUCGCCCUCUCCAGCUUGCACAUGAUGCAGCUGAACCAGCAAUUCGAUGCGCAGCGUGCCCUGACAUAUCGAGUCAGGUCCCUGGCGGGAUAUCGCAAGGCAAUCGAGGAAGCCAAUCCAGUAGACUUCCCUGCCCUGCUGGCAAACUCUCUACUUAUAACUGCGUUAUCAUCCCAGAACUUCAGGGAGGCCGAUGGCAAAGACCUUUAUAUUCUCGACUGGCUCGUUGUAUGGAAAGGCAUCGUCCUCGUGAUCAACCUUGUUUCCAAGUCUACUAUUCUUGAAUCCGGCAUGUGGUCUCUAUUCUUCCGGCCUCGUAUAGACAUUGAGAAAUCCGCCUCUUUCAUCCCGGAGAAACUUCUCACCAUGAUUUCCGCCAUCCAGCCAGGCGAUCUCGACUACUCUUUCAAGGAUGCAUAUGACCAGACGUUGAAAUACAUGGGCAGUUUGUACAUGGACUUGGCGGAAGGCCCUUCUAACCUGAUGUGUCUAAGAGUCAUAACGAUAUUCACCUUUGUCCCUAGAGAAUUCAUUGAUAUAGCUCGCAGCUUACAGCCGCGCGCGCUGGUAAUUCUUGCUUAUUUUGCAACCUUCUUCAAGCUAGUUCAGGCAGAAGUAUGGUGGGUAGAAGGCAUCGGAGACCGCACAAUACGAGACAUCUGCAAAUAUGUUACCCUGGAAUGGUAUGAGUAUAUGCGAGUCCCUUUCACAGCUCUUCAUACAACAGACAGCACACAGCUUGCUAGAGUCAUACUCGGAGACAUGGAGAGCAUUUCGCCCCAAAAGAAUCUCAUAGACUAUGCUCUGCAGCUAAGCUGA